UUCACGAGCAAUGAUGGUGUAGUAUUGUUGGAUGUGUAUAGGACGGUGUUGAACUUUGAUCAACUGGAACUCUCAAGCUUUGAUCUCUAUAUUGCUCCAAGAAGUCAUAAUUUGGAUUUUUACAUUUCUCGAGGUUUUCUCUCUUCUUGUACUGGGUUCACCAAUCUCUACUGGUUUGGAAAUACAUUUUUCUACUAUCUCAGAGUUGACAUCAGUGACUCCUCGAUCAACGACCAAGAUAUUAGUUUGAGUGAUCCUGCCAUUGAACAAUGCUUCGAUAAUGGAAUGCACCAAGUAGUGAUAUUUGAAGACAGUUCUCUAUUGGCCAACUGUAAUAACAACGUAACUGUUGAAGUAGAUUUCUGUCGAAGAAGUGAACCUGUUGUGACAAGAACUAGAUUCUACUGUUCUGGAAGCAGGGACACAUAUCUUGAAGUUAGUGAAAAUGUAAUCAUAAAUUCAUUAAUGGAUUAUGCGAUUCCCUUCCCUUUGGAUUUGUCUGUACCUUAUGUGGGUGACUGUGUGGAAAUAAGAGGACUACUUUUCUUUGUUGGAUCGUCUACUAAUGGCUUCACUGUGCUUACCAAUGUACUGGGAAACCUUACCACUAUUCUAGCCACAGACGCUCAAGUCAAUCAUCAUAGUGAUUGAUAAUCGAUUCAGUAACUCCACCUCCUCCGCUCUAUUGGACCUGUCUUGCCCUGAUCCAUCCACUCCAAUUCAUGUCAGUAAUGUUUCCUUUGAGUUAUCGGCUUUUUUUCCCAAACUCUUGAGUUCUCAUGCUUCACUGAUCAACCAACUCAACCACCCACUACUUCCGCUACCGUUCCCAUGGUAACUACUGCUGCUGUUAGUACCAUGAACAACUUUGUAGAACCACCAACUAGUGCUGCAACCAAUGCUGCAACUAGUGCUGCAACUAUGAUCUCAGAAUCAACAACUAACUAAUAUAUAUUACUACUACCCCAGAACAAACAAUCAGCAGCCCAUUCAUACUUCUCACUGGAGAGGUGGCUGGGAUUGUCAUUGGAAGUUUUAUUUUACUGAUGUUGCUAUUUGUCUGUGUUUUCUUGGGAUUGAUUGUGAAACACAAAAGAAAGAGAGUGCAAAAUAUCUAUGAGAUUGAAAUGAAUGAGCGUGAAAAUCUACCCCUUCCUGAAUCGCUUAUAAUUAUUACAAUCUACCAAUAUGUCAGACCCACCGAGGUUACGUGUAGAAGAUGGUACCUAUAAAGGUACACAUUCAGAACACAGCUCCUUACAUAACAAUGAAGAGCUACCAUUGAUACCUGCCCUACCACCUUCUCCACACAACCAAUCUGUAAUCACUUCAGAUCAUCAAGGAUCACUAGCACAAUCUCAACUGCCGACACUGUUAACUAACCCACCACCUUCACCUGAUAGCGAAUCCCCUCCGAAUGUACCACCACCUAUCUUUGCAUCUCGUAGUCCGCCACAUACAAGCGUCGAUGUUCCAAUUUCAACCUCACCUCCUGAUAGCGAUACGACCACACAAUCAGACUUGGCAAGUCAAGAAUCUCAAAAAGAUGCAAGCUGUAUAUAGAGACACGGAAGCUGUUCAACCAGCAGACAAGUUAACGCCAUCUGAAGUGCCAGCGAUCCCCUUAGAGGAACCUCAGACUCAGUACACAAAUGUCAAUCUAACAUCUACUCCAUCCCCUACAACAGAGGCAGCUGAACAUUUAAUGGAUGCUGUUGCUGUACAUGUACAAGACAGAGAAGAGAAUAAAGCUACUAUUUUGACGUCAGACACACCGCUACCAACCACAAACUGGAGUAAAGAAGUUCGUAAUGUUGAAACUGAAAAAAGCGUUCAAGAAAUACCUUGUAAUGCCGAUCCUCCUCAUCAUGCUUCUCAGUCCUCACCCACUAUUUCUGAAGAGAGUGAUGGAGCGGACAUCUUUGUUCCUGUUCAAGCAUCCGAAGAAACUCCAAACAAUGGACCAGAAAUUAAUCACUCAACUGUGACAGGCCAUGCGAACCUAAUUCCACCCAAUAACAUUCACUCUGACGAACACGCAUCCACCUUACAAAAGAGAGACAGGAAAGUGGAUGAAUACAAAGCUGAGAAGAUGAAGAGUGUCACAUCUAACCAACACACACCACCACCUCAGACCGAAGAAAGGCCUGAACGUACCACUAUACUGAGGAACUUACUACCACUGAGGAACGUACCUCUAUUGAUGAUUCUGCAGAGCCAUCUGUUUUUUCUCCAGACCCAUGCACCAAGUAGCGAACCAAACGAUGACGACGCUAUACAGCGCCUCUCUGGUGAAGUAGAACGCCGACCAGAAAUGCCUAAACUCGAUUAUGUCGUGGAAAUCGAUCAGCCUAAAGAAGAUGAACACGAUGAUAACAAUCAUAGUGAAUCUAGUGAUGAAGAUUUAUAGGGACUCGUAGCGACUCGUAGUUUUUAAUUUUUUUAUUCAGGUAAAAACCGUUAGAUUAGUCAACUUUUUAUUUAACCACAAGUCAUUCUCUUUAUGCGGCACCCCCCCCCCCUUCACCAGUGAGGCGUACACCAUAAUAAUGUCAAUGUUA